UUUUUUUUUUGAUAAUGUACGACAUAGGAUUGUUGUCAUGUGUCUUAGUUCAUUGACCUCCAAUAUUACCUGCUGUCAAAAUCAUCAACCAGAUUUUAAAGCUAAACGGUUAAGAUUUGUAAGCCAAGGCUGUUUUUAGUAGAAGGAAUUUCAGGGUCUCGAAUCGCCUAUUUCUCUCAUCCUCACUCUUCGGUUACUUUCUUUUUGAAAAAAAAAAAAAAAAGACACAAAAUUUUCUUAAUUCACUUCGAACCCAGAAGAGGUACCUCAUCAAUAAACAGCCAGCGACACGAUUUCUGAAUAAAGAAAUUUGGAUGCAUCAAAAAUCCAUUAAGAAUUUUGACAAGCUUGUGAAAUGGAAGACGGUUACUAUAUUGGGAGGAGAUGGGAGGACCUGGACACUGAUAUUUUGGUGAAGAUUUUCCAGUCUUUUGACAUCCUUGAGUUAACUUCGGGUAUCGCUCAUGUCUGUAGUGCAUGGCGUAUGGCUUGCUGUGAUCCUCUGCUUUGGAAAACACUUGAUUUAUCAAUGAUGAAAUCGAAUUUCAUAAAAAUCCCGUUAGAGCCAUAUGUUUAUGUUGAUGGACGGUCUGAUAAGAUAUUAACCCGUCUAUUGAAGAUUUCUAUGAGUCUCAGCAGGGGAAACAUAACAACCUUGAUUUUCCAUUUCAACCUAUUCGUGAGUGAUGAACAGUUAACUUAUACUGCAGAAAGGUGCCCACAGCUCAGACGACUUGUUCUGCCAGCUUGGAACAGAAUAAAAAAGACUGGAAUAUGCAAGGCCAUUCGUGCAUGGAAAGAUCUUGAAUCCCUAACAAUGCCUGGAAUUGCAAAUCCUCCAUACCUCAUGGAGGAAAUUUCCAAGAACUGCAAGAACUUUAGAGAACUGAAGAUUAUGGGCCCUUGUGAUAAAUUCUUUGCUAGUACACUUGCUACAUUCCUUCCAACCUUGAAGGUCCUAAGCCUCCGAUGCUCAAUGCUAUAUAAGGAAGCUCUGAUCAUUGUCCUGGAUAGUUUGCCACACCUAGAAGUGCUUAACAUAUCACAUUGCCUUCUAAUAGAAGUCCUUCCACCUCCUGGACCUAAAAAAGUUGUUAGCGAAAUUGAUCAAUCUAUUAUUGAAAAGGCAUCUCGGUUACGCGAAUUUUUAACAUGCAUGAAUGACUCAUGCACUAUGUGCCAGCGAACCAAAAUUGAUGAAGGGCUCAUGAGGUGGUACAGAUACGAGGAAGGGCUGUGGAAAGCAGAUGAGAAACAAAAUAAAAUGUUGCUGAAUAAAUAUAAAUGGCAGCCAUCUUUAUGGUCUUGUGUUGCAAAAGACAUCCUCCCACAGUGUUAUUUUUGAAGGUGUUAUUCUCUCCGGUUGGCGGUUAUUAUGCUUGCUUCUCAUCCUCGUUAUAUCCCAAUAAUUGUAAAGGAGACAACAGAGUGGUUGGAAGCAAAUUUAUGUUGCUUUUAUCCUCCUAGAUAAUUGUAAAAGAUGCAAAUGCACAGGGUUGGAUUGGACUGGGUUUGGUCAGGCCUGAGGCUAAGAUAAAUAUGAAUGUGUUCUUUGAAAAAUACAACAUUUUCACAAUUUGUCAAAGUGAUUGAUUGUGAGUGAUGCAUUAUCAUUUUUACAUGCAUUUAUCAUUUUUUUACCACUCAUAUAUAGUCAACCAUUUCGACAACUUGUGGCAAAAGUUGUCUCCCUAGACUUUCUCUUUUCAGUUUGAAGUUUUGAAUUGCAGUGAA